GAACAACGCCACUUUACAAAUUCCUCCAUUGAUUUUUUAAUAAUUGCUCAAUAUGUAAUCUCCACCGCUACAGCUGGUUCUGUUUUACGUGAAAUGACUUUCCAACAUGUCUAUAUUGGUCUUCUAAGGUCUGCGUACUGCAAUGCGCGACAUGGCGUUCGCACCAGACUUUCGAGAUUUCCCACCUCGCGGCGGCUGAGCUCCUUGGAAAGUCGGAAUACGACUCUUAACCCGUCAAUUGGUCGCCAAUUGACCUAUACCCGAACCGAGAAGCUUCCCAGAUCCCAGAAGAAGACAUUCUCGACUACUAGAACCCAGAAUGCCCAGCGGGAAAUCGCCGUUCUCGGCGGUGGCAUCACAGGGCUCACUGCCGCUCAUUACCUAGCUCGCAACGCGAAGAACGCACAUAUCACGCUGUACGAAGGGUCUUCGAGACUGGGCGGUUGGGUACAAUCAGAAACUCUCCGUGUAGGCGACGGGGAGAAUGAUAAGGUCCGGUUCCAGCGUGGUCCACGAAUACUUAGGCCUUAUACAACGUCUGUAAAGUACGACGAAAUGGUCUUAUAUGACGUGCUCACUAAUCUAAAUUUAUACCUAUCGCUUCGCUUUAUUUCCAAAAAAGAUCAUUCUCGUUACUUAUACUACCCGGACCACCUAGUUAAGAUGCCGUCACGCGAAAGAACCCUAGACAACUUUCUCGCGACCUUCAACAGCCUCCUUACCGAACCCAUAUGGGCCGGAGGUAUUAAGUCCGGUCUCGCGGCGUAUUUUACGGACUUCGCAUCUGAGCAACCCACAGAUUACAAACCGUUAGCCCAAGACGAAUCUAUUGGCCAAUAUUUCGAUAGGAUGUUCGAAGGAGACGACCGAAUCACCAAUAACGUAAUUUCCGGCAUGAUCCAUGGCAUCUCCGGCGGCGACAUAUACAAAUUGAGCGCCAAGUAUUCCAUCUUCGGCGAGAUGUGGCGCAAGAGCAAGAGUCCCUUAAACUUGUCAGGUCGUCAUAUUUAUACGGAGGCUAAGGAUUUCAUCAUGUUCCGUGAUAUGAUAAAUAGCGAGAACUCCCUCUAUCUUGCUAUGAUGCUUGAUGAAGCUAGGGACGCUGAUAUCAUGGCAUUCGACGACGGCCUCGACACCCUUGUCGAUGGACUAGUCAAUGAUUUAAAGACACAGAAGAACGUAACUAUUAAAACCGAUCACCCGGUCACGGCUAUAGCCUACGAAAAAGACAAAGUCUCGAUAAAAACUAAGGACAAGUCCCCGAAGCAAUACGACCAGGUAAUCAGCACCCUCUUCUCAAAGCACCUAGCCUCGCUCGUCCAACCCGGUCUCCUACUCGCGCUAGAAGACGCCCCCGCUGUCAGCAUGAUGGUCGUCAACAUGUGGUUUCCGAACCCGGAUAUCCUAGCCAACAACCAUGGAUUUGGGUACCUAGUGCCGUCCACGACACCGGACAAUGAUGAGUGUCUGCUCGGCGUGCUCUUCGACUCCGACAUCCAGACCGUGCCCGACCCCAUUCCGGGGACCAAAGUCACCGCCAUGCUCGGCGGUCACCACUGGGACGGCUGGGAGCAGCUGCCGUCGGCGGAGAUGGGCGCCGCGAUGGCCAAGGACGCCGUGCGCCGACACCUCAAUCUCGAUCCCGCAGAGCCCGUGUUCGCCUCUGCGAAGCUCUGCCGCGACUGCAUGCCACAGCACCUCGUCGGCCACGGCAAGCGCAUGGCCGACGCACACGAGGAUCUCAUGAUAUCAUUCAAAGGCCGCCUCUCCGUCGCCGGACCAAGUUACACCGGGCUCGGCGUAAUCCCCGCUAUGCGCGCGGGCUUCGACAUCGCAAUGGCCGUAGCGAAAGGCCACGGCCCGCCGUGGUUCGGCGACCGCGUUCCCGAAAGACCCUUCCUCCGCGUCGUCCCACAAGACAUCACCGGCAUCCAAACCGACCACGUCGGCAUGACGGGCCUCCUAGGCUUCACCUUAAGGGACACGGAAACCCUCCUCCUCGCGCCGAAAAAGCACAUGUGGGGGAAGAAGUGGCAGACCGAUUGGGCUACCUUUGAGACACGCGAGAAUUGGGAGCAGGUUAAGGCGGAGAUUUAUAAGACGGCGUUGGAGGGGAAGGGGAAGAUGAGGUUUGUUUUGAAGAAGGACGGGGGAGAGAAAGAGAAGGAGAAAGAGCAAUAAUUGUGGGGGUGUAUGUAUAAGGUCUAGAGAUCGCGAAGGGGCGGUCUGGAAUGAAUGGAUGAAUGAAUGGUUUAGGUCGGGUUUAUUUACCUGUGUAUAAUGGGGAUGAUGAGCGUUAACGAAUUCGUUGAUCUUUUUCUCUGGGAUACUUAGCUAUAUGAUUGCGAAGUUGUUAUGUACUUAUGGAAUAGGAUCAUUUAGCACGUCAGGCAAGUCACUAUGCAAAUAAAUAAACACAAAUUCGGUAAUGAAUCAAUUAGCUAAUGAA